CUAACAACUUUCAGUUUCCAUUCUGUGGUUCUUUGUGGGAGAAGGGGAACGUCGAAGCUGUUACCCAUGGAGGGCGCCAAUAGGAAGAAACGCGGACUGAGGCGUUUGGAAUCUUUAGGAAAACAAUUCUUGACUGACGUCUUAGAAAAUGUGGUGGAACAAGAUUAUCUGAAAUUGGGGGAUGAAGAAAAGAAAAUGUUUUAUGACGCCAAACGUGAAGACAGACUCCGAGUCUUCGAAAAGUCUUUCAGACAGAAACAUCAAGACUUAGGCCAAGUUCUGGCUGAAACCUUGUUUAGUAUGCGAAAGGCGCUCACUGGUGCUGGAGGUCUUCCGGAAAUUGAGGCUGGACCAGAUGAAUCAGCAGAAUUCACAGACACCCUCAGGCUGUGUCCUCACGAAAAGUUCCUGAGAUUGAGCAAAGAAAAGGCUCGAGAGAUCUAUCCAAUCAAAGAAAAGGAGGAAGUUCGGACCCGGCUUGCUCUCAUUAUUUGUAAUAUAGAGUUCGACCAUCUUCCUGUAAGGAAUGGAGCCACUCUGGACAUCGAAGGAAUGCAGACAUUGCUUGAAGGCCUGGGCUACAAAGUGACCGUAGAAACUCAACUCACAGCCAUGGAGAUGCAAUCAGUGCUGCAGGCAUUCGCUGCCCUCCCUGAACACAGGUCCUCAGACAGCACUUUCUUGGUGUUCAUGUCUCAUGGCCUCCUGGAAGGGAUCUGCGGAACGCAGCAUAGCAAAACACAACCGGACGUGCUAGCUUACGACACCAUCUUCCAGAUUUUCAACAACCGUAACUGCCGCAGUCUAAAAGACAAACCCAAGGUCAUCAUUGCCCAGGCCUGCAGAGGUGUGAACCGUGGAGAAUUAUGGGUCAGUGACUCUCCAUCCACGUCAGAAAAUAGCUCUUCACCAUCAGCAGAGAACCUGGAGGAAGAUGCUACUUACAAGACCCAUGUGGAGAAGGACUUCAUUGCUUUCUGUUCUUCCACACCACAUAACAUGUCUUGGAGAGAUGCGUUGAGGGGCUCUCUCUUCAUCACAGAGCUCAUCGCAUGCUUCCAAAAAUAUUCUUGGUGCUAUCAUCUGGAGGAAGUGUUUCGGAAGGUGCAACAGUCAUUUGAAAAGCCAACUAUCAGAGCCCAGAUGCCCACUAUUGAGAGGGUCUCUUUGACAAGAUAUUUUUACCUCUUUCCUGGCAAUUAAAAAGAGAAUCAUGGGGAAAUCAGCUUUUUUCCCCCCAGUUGCCUUUCAUCCGUGAAGAAGAAUCAAUUCCGCUUCUGAACAAUAAGCACAAUGAGGGGAAAGCAUGUUUCAUAAGAAGCUCAUGGUGAUUUUGUAUAAUGCCGUUUUAUUUAUUACCAGGUUUAAGAUGAACUACAAUAUCUAGAAUGAUCUUUCUGGAAUAUGUCUUAGUAUAGUUGAGCUACGAAUGAUCAUCUUUGCCAAGUGUUGCAGGAUGGAAGAAACCUGCCCGGUCCUCAGUGUCCAUCAACGUCUGUUCAUAGCUUGGUCUCACUCCUGCUGGACUUGGAUGCUUGGGUCUCAUUCACUUCAUUCCUUAGACAUUCCUGGAAGCACCUUCACUCUACAGAUGUUAAUUUUGUUGUUGUUGUUUUUCAAUAAAUAAUAAA